CAGACGUGUACCUUCUCUGUGUGACUCGAAUUCGCUCUUCUCCCCUCGCCCGUCGUCUCUACGAUGUGAUGAUCGUUUCGCUGGACAUUCGCGCAGCCUGUCUCCGUGUUCGCGCUCGGCGCGCGGAAAAGCGACGCGUUGUGAUUGGCCCGGCGGAGGAGUCACGUGAUCGCGUCUCGUUAACCGCUUCAGUCGUCUUCCGUUACUUCGCGCGCCGAGACGCCGAUUCUCGCUGCCGAAUCGUGUCUACUCGUGAGUUUUGUUGAUAAAGUGAACAUCGUGGACGGAGUGCAGGGAGUCGAUCGGGCAACGAACGACCUGCCAGUGAGAACUGACCUGAGUGCGGUUGCAUCGAAUAAUCGGCGAUCGUCGUGGUGAAUUACUCGCUGUGCGCGAUCGCAAUCAGCCGCUUGUCCACGUGGAUGACUAUCUGCAGCAGCGGUCGGUGGCAAUCAGGAGCUGAAAGGAACGAAGCCAACCGAGCGACCGGCGUUUGAAAGCAAGGAAGGAACAGUAGUGACUGCGCAACGGCCGAUUUACCGUCUCUCGCAACCGGACAACGGCGACACGGGGUGGAUCAUCGCAUCACUUGUCGUUCCCGUUAGGACCGUGAAGAAUGGCAUAGAAACGACCACGACGACUUAGUAUGUUAAUACGAAGCGCGGCUCGUACUUUGGUGGGCUUGGAGGACUAUUAUUGAUGAUCCCGGCGCGAAGAAGCGAGCCGUAAAAGCAACGACGAGGAAAGAGAGAGUAGCGGUGUGUAGUCCGUGUGUAAAUAGCCGGUGUAACGCGAGGCUGUAAUAAUCGUCCUGGUUUGUCCCGGCGCGGCGCGCAGUGAUCUACGAGGUAAUCCGAGAAUACCGGCGAACCCGACACCGACGAGCAACGAUCGCGAUCGUCCGUCGCACAUAAAUGAUUAAACCGAAUAUCCGCGACGACGAUGAGCGUCGCCGAGCGGCGCGAUCGUAUCGCGAUUCACCACUCGCGCGACCGCAUCCCGCGGCGGAAUCGGAUCCGGGCGAGAUAACUCGAGUUAUUAGAUUAUCUCAAAGGUGAUGCGUCUCGUAAGUUUGAAAUUAACUGGCGUUACACGUCACAUGUAACCUCUCUCACGCUAACCGUGAUAUUUCAGACGAACAUUUCAGCGAUGUGACAUUAUUCUUUUCGGGAAUGACAGAACGAAGUCGAGGAAAUUUUUUGAAAACUUCUCGGAGAUCUUGAUAUUCCCCGAAAUUCGUUUUUAGGAUUUUUCACGGCUGUUUAACGCGCGCGUUUUUACUCGGUGAGAUUCACGCGUUAACUGUGAUAUUUCAAAUUAAUAUUUUGGUGUAAGAUUAUUUUCCACGAACAGCAGGCGGAAUUUAAGAAAACCGGAUAAUUUCCGAAAAUCGAUGCUCCCUUUUCCUUUAUUUUUGUAAUUUCUAUAGUUGUAACGCGUAUUCUUUUCAUCUGUUAUUUUGCGCAUUAACUUUGUUAUUUUUAAAUAAAUAAUUGCAGUGUGGAAUUAUUUUUUUUUUUCGCCAAUAACAUGCGGAAUUUAAAAAAUUCGAAGAAUUUCCGAGAAAUUUGUGAUGUCCCCUGAAAUUCUCGUCAUCGUUUUGUAACUUCUACGCGCGGUUGUAACGCGCGUGCUUCUUCCCGGCCGAGUUUCCAUAUCCAUCGCACGAAGACGAUCGUUCGCGAGGGGAGUCGCUUUCAUUGCAGAAGUCCUGUUUUCACCGUGAAAUGGAGCGUUCGAGUAGACGUGCGCGCGAUUGAACGCGAUUGCAGCUGGUUACACGGACGAUAAUCGUGAGGGUUCCUCUAUCUACUCGGGCAUUUUCGACAAGGAGCCGCUCCGUCAGCUGACCCGUGUGCAACAUGUUCGGGACGAAAUUGCGCACGUGGAUGGAGGCACACAUCGUGCGAUCGAAAAAAAAGAAGGACCGGAAGAAGGGCGACAAGGGAUUCGAUUCGAACUGCAACUCCCCCAGGAGCCACAGCGCCAACAGAUCGCCCGCUUUGCACCAGGUACACCCGGUGGAUUCACCGUCGAAGAACGUGGACGGUAUCCGAUUGCACGGGGGUGGCUACGGUGCGACAGUGACGACGUCGUCCGGCACGUCCGGCGGUACCGGAAGCGUAAGCCUCUCUUCGCCGGAGAGCGCGUACUCGACCGGUUACUCGACCGACGGCACAUCGCCCGGCACCAGCUUCCCGCCAGAGUACUACAUCAACAUCAGAACCGGCACUCACUACUUCCAAAGUAGUAGUGGCGGUAGCGGCAGCGGGAAUAACAACAAUAACAACAACAACAAUAACAACAACAGCAGCGGCGUCGGUAGCAAAGCGAGGUUGUUGAAGAGGGUGCCGGGGGACGUCGGGGACCCGUCGACUGUCGCACCGGGAAAUGGAAGAAUCGACGGCAAGGUGCAGUCCGCAAGCACGACGAGCAUGACCAGGGACAACGGCCAGCCGGAAGCACAGACGAGCAGCCCUCAUAAGAGCGUGGAAAUGAAUCAUGCUCCGAGACAGCAGCAACAGCAGCAGCAACAACAGCAGCAGCAACAACACCAAUCGAGGCAGCAAGAAAGCUCACAUCGAAGGACCGAGUCGUAUUCCGCUGAUUCGUCGAGGAACAACCUGCCCGUGCCGUCGUCGAUACCGCCACCGUUGGUUUCGCCUCCGGUGCAGUCGCCCCGCGAGCGAUCCCGCAUCCGGACGAACCCGUGGCUAUCGGCGAAUUCCUCCGGCUCCAGCACGAAUGGCCUGAAGUCGCGGCUCGCCUUGGACGAAAGCAGCAGCAGUUCUGGUCUGAAGCUCACCGAGUCGUCCGGCAGCGCUAGCGACGUCAACCUCAAUCUGAAUGGCAGGGAGCUCCAAGGCAGGAAGGAGCAUCGUCAGGAGAGUCUGAGCGCAGGUCGAAGCCCGAUCAACCAAAACUGGAGGAUCACCUCGGGUAUGGACCUCCGACCGAAGAUACCUCUGGCGCUGCAGCGACGCGCUAGCAGCAGCAGCUCCUCGGCGUCCUCGGUGACGCGCAGCGUGCGCUCGUCCGAGGACGACAUCACGCUCAACGAGAUGAUGGGUAAAUUCGACGAGAGCUACGUGUACGAGAAGGAGACGGACAUCCUGUCAGACAGCGACCCGACUGACUGCGAGGACUACAUAGACUCGUUAUCGGAUAUCGACACCGGCCAGGAUGGCGGCGACGAGAACGACCCGUUCGAGAACGACGAGCUCGACUACAUCGACAACGGCUCCUUCCUCGAUUUGGACAGCCUCGAGUGCGACGGCCACUUACCGAACACGGGUCACUGCACUUACUUCGCGUUCACCGGCGAGCUCAGCCGACGCGGCACCAGGCUGCGCGAGUCCUUCCUCAAGCGCAGAACCAAGGACGACCUGGUUUCUCAGAGAAGCGCGAGCGCGAGGAACAGCGCGAAGAGGCAGAGCACACGACACAAGAAGGCCGACGACUGCAGCAAGCAGAGUGAGAAACGCAAGAAGAGGAUGUCGCAGCGUCGCAAGGCGAAUCUGGAUAGAUGCGACGACGAGACGGCGAAUCUAAACCGCGUGCUGGUCGAGAGGAUGCUGCUGAAGAACUCGGGCUUCAAUCAGGGUAGCAGGAGCGUGGGCGGUACGCCGAUGUGCCUGCGACGCAGGAAACACGACGUUAACAAGAAUCUCUCGCCGAUGAGGCUGAACGGCAACCCGUCGGCCAUCAGGCCCGCCGUGAUCGAGAACGAGGUCGUGAAGAGACGAUCGAACUCGGUGAGCUACGUGAACGGCAACAUCGUAAGACGCCACGUAGCCGGCAACACGUACAUGACCACGUUCGCUUCGGAGAUCGCGCUGAUCGAGGCGGACAAGGAGGCCGACCGCAAGUACCGCGAGCUCAUCCUCGAGGCGGAGAACAUACUGGUGAGUAUGCAGAAGUAUCAGAACCCGUCGCCCUGCGUGCCGUCGCCGUCGCGAAAGCUGCACAACGGCCUCGCGAACAAGCGGGUCGAGCUGAUCAAGAAUACCGAGCUGAACAUCGAGCUGGCGCUGUCCAAGAGCCGCAAUUCCCAGCCGGAGUUGCAGAGCGGCAGCAUUCGGGAUCUGGAGCACACCAGUCCCAAGCGACAGUUCGCACAGCCGUGCUCGCCGAUUCACCGCUUUAUGGAGAGGAACUCACCGGUCGGAGUUGGUUUCCCGCUGAAAGAACCGUCGGUCUAUCGACAGGAGUUGUCCAAAUGUUAUCCGGACUCGCCGGUCAUUUCGCGACGGACACCUCAGAGCUCGCCCAGCAGAAGCCUGAUGCACCAGCAGGUGUAUCGGGUGCGUAACGACACCGAAUCGGAAGCCAUGAAAGAGUGCAACAGGCCCCCCCGGGUCACCCUGAACUGCAAUGGCGGACUGAGGUCGGACGCGACGUCCGAUGCGAGGAGUUCCUUCAGUAGCAAAACGCACGUCGCGAUGCCGCAUGGCUCUUUCAGCCAUGGCGGCAGGAAGGACUUUCGCGCCGGUAGAGCACCGACCAAAGAGGAGGGAGUGACGUCCAGCUCGUCGGACUCCGAGGAGAAAUGCGACGUGAGGCGAAGGGCCCCUUUGAUGACCUUCCGAUCAGUUGACAUGGGUCCUAUUAAAGAAGGCUCCUCCUAUUGUCCUCAAAGCGAGCCGGUGAAAAGAAAGGUGUACGCCGGAAGUGCGACGUACGGCAGAAUACAGAAGACUCUGGGCGAGCACGUUAUGCUGAGGAAUUCCGACGGCGAUACAGCAACCGAUGAUACCGAUGACUCGAGAAGGUCCCUGAAGGAGAAGGUGGCACAAUUGCGGCAAGAGCGACUGGCGGUCGAGGCUAACGCGAACAACGGCCAGGACUCGCAAUACUUCCAGCAUCAACUGUCGCAAUUACGACGGCAGAUGCUGAUGCAGACGAUCGAGGGCCUGAAGCGCAGCCUCGAGGACCAGUCGGCUACCUUGAAGCAGACCUGCCUGGAGCCGGUGCUGAAUGACGAGCUACCUUGAAGUGGCUGUCCGGCGUGGCUUGCUGCGCGAUUGCGACUAACAAAUUCCGGCGACGCCGCUCCUUCCCGCUUGAAUGCUCCUAUCCUGGGCACAGAAUCGAAUCCUGUCUUCGGCGAGAAUGCAGGAUUGGUCGAGCUGCCGGUGUGCUGCCGGCAGUAUUGAUUAAACGCGGCGUCGUUCCUCUAUCUGUGCACGUCGGCUGCUCUCGCGGUGUAAUUCUUCCACAGGCUCGGCUGAGCGCCGGCGCGCGUAUCAAAUUUCUAUUUUUCUGUCCGUUUAUGUAGAGAAGGAUAAAAGGCAGGUGUGAAGAAAGAAAGAGAGAGAGAGAGAGAGAGAGAGAGAGAGUCGAAAUUAAGAGUGUCACGUAUCCUCACUGGGCAUUGUUCUACGCUAUGUUGUUCGUUCCGAACGCGAAUAAUAAUAAUGACCGUUUCUCACGAAUGAUUUCGUCGUUUCUCGUCGCUUGAUUUGCAACUGCGCGCACAGACAGACCGACUUCCGUUGUCGUUAGAUAAUUAGCUCUCGACCUGUCAUCAUCGUCGUCGUCGCCGCAAUUUUCCCGCUCCGAAAUUUCUCCCCGAAACGACGACGGACGGGGGACUUCUACGGAUCGUCGGAUGAUCAUUCCGGAACGCUAACGCAAAAUUAUUACAUAGUUAACAUUACCGAGUAAUAUGCUGUAACGAUAGUUAAUAUUAUUAUCGUUAUAUAUUGAGUUGUCCGAGAAAUUCGUGUGAGUUUCUUGAUUUCAAAAUGAAGCGUAAUUUUGGAAUACUAAAUGGAAAUUUGAUUCAACGAAGUAUCCAUCAUUUGCACUAUUUUAGCCCAUCUUUCAACCAACUGUAGGAUUUCGAUCUUCAAAGAACUUGGCUGGUUCAGAGGCAAAUCAUCCGCCUCGGCUUUUUUUACUACCUACAAACGGUCGAAUGUUUUACCGUUCAAAGAAUUUUGUAAAGACCGGAGUCCAAGUGAUAGAUCUUCUGAUGGCGUAAUGCCCGGCGAAUAUGGUGAAUGCGAUAGAACCAGCCGACCUCUUGCAACUUGUUUAUGACCAAAGACACGUGAGGUCUGACGUUGCUUUGGUGGAACACAACACUUUUCCUAUUUUUUGCAAGUUUUGCAAGUUCUGGCCGCUUCCGUUGGGUGUUUCGGCUCAAAUUGUCUAAUUGGCUGUAGUCCGAAUUUAUGGUUUGGUUCAGCGGGAGAAGCUUAUGAUAAAGAAUGUUAAUGUAAUCCCACUUUUGUCUUAUGAACACUUGCUUAAAAUGACCGAUACUAUACUACUUCCCAGAAUAUUGACUUUUCCUUCUGGACACUCUGUAUAAAUAUAAUACUUCUAAUCAUUUCUGACAGCUUACGCAACGCUUAUAGAGACAUCUGUCUGAAAUUCACACGAACUUUUGGGACAACUCAAUAUUAAAAGACUACUGUAGUUGACAUUUUUUUAAGUAAAUAGGGCAAAGUAUAAUAUCGAACGCAUUAGCAUAUAACGAAAUGUUACGAGAUUCGUAAUAGUUACGCGGAGAGGGAAGCAGAAGAGAACAGAAAAGGGAAGAAAAAAUAAAGAAGUAGCGCGCGUUAGUUCGAAACUAGAGUUCCCGACGACCCCCCGUUAGCGUUCCGGGACGGAGCUUAGAUUAGACCAGAGCUCGGGAAUAACGCGAGGCGGAACCUCCCAAAAAUCGGCUGGAAUGUGCAUUGUUUACCGAGCUCUGGACUAGACCUAGAUUUGAAUAUCUAACGGGCCUAUUUGCGGGUGUGUUCUCUUUAAUAUGCUCUAAGAAAUCGGGAAAUAUAGUGCAAAAGUGAGAGAAAAUUCAAAAGCACACACGAACUAAUAGGUCAGUAUCGAAGCAAAAAAAAAGUGUAGUUACUUCACUAGUAUCCGUCUAACGAAAGUAGAGGAUCACGUCUAGCCUACACGUAGCAGCCCACACAGCGAAAUAUAUCGCAAAAAUAUCUGGAAGAUAUCUGAAUGUCACGAUAUCACCGAGAUAUCUGAAAGAUAUCUAUAAGAUUUCAAUAUCGGCUAUAGUCGUGUGCAAAUAUAUUGCAGAGAUAUCUUUUGCAAAGAAAAAUGUGAUAUCGAGUAAUGAUGUCCUGCAAAUAUUCUCCGUAGAGAAUAUCUGAAGGUAAGAUAUCUUUAGGUACAACUUAAAAUUGCAGGCAUAAAGAUAUCUGAUUAUAUCAUCAGAUAUAUAUUUUGCUGUGUGGGAAAUAGAUGGAUACCAAACGUAUGUAAUCGACUUAGGCUGUAGGAAAGAUGUCAAACAAUAUGUGCCCAAUGAAUACGGCCCAGCCCCCCUUCCCCUUCGCCCCGAUUGAAGCGAUCGCAGAAGGAUGGCGUUGCUCGACGAUAGCUUAAACUCGAACUUGUGCGAUCUAUUGACCGUGCUUGAGCCUCAUGAAGAGACGCGAAAUUCCCAUUUGUAAGCUUCUCAAGCGAGAUGUGCGUUUAAUCGCCCCUAUGAUGAAUAUAUAUAUAUAUAUAUAUAUAUACACAUAUAUAUAUAUAUAUAUAUAUAUAUAUAUUGUAUAACUAAUUUUUAAUAAGUAUUUCAUAACAAUGAGGAUUGGGGCCCAAAGAGUAACACAUAGAGGCGAACGAGCCGCGCAGGUGUACAUAUUGUAUCACACAUGCCUUACCUUUCCUAGAUAGAGAGUUAUACGAUUUUCAGCCUUACGUAUAUACGUAUAUAAGGUCGAAAAUCGCAUACGUAACUCUAGUUAUAACAUGUGAGAUGCAGUUAUGAUACAGUGAUGCGGUUGAUACAUUGUGUGCACAUGAGAGAAAUGAAAUAAGUGUCAGGACGAAAUGGAUGAGAGAAGAUCCGACGCGUUUGAGGUCGGAACACGAGUCAGCGCUGUCCUUUUCCAGAAGACGCUUCCUCCAACUAGAUCUGCCGCAAAGUACGUAGUAUGUACGGCGCGUAUGUACCUUCCACCUUGCAAUCGCGGAUUGGGCGUGGUUACACAAAAGAGGCAUUCGGGGCAAAAUGAGGUUCUUCCUAUUCCGAGAAACUAUACUUUUGCUCCCCUCCUCCUUUUCCUUCUCGUUCCACGUCGCCUCCCGCGCCCAAAUCCGCGUACAGCAUUUGUAAACGUCAUCUUCCGUCUUGAAUGAUGUAUCGGUCUCCGAGCGAGUCUCUCUCAUUGAAUUGCUUGUCACACACGCGAAACGAGGAUCGUUUCUCGCCCUAGUGAACACCAACUAACAGUGACAUCGAUCAAGUUACAUCAACGUUACAAUUUCCCACUCAACAAUAUGCGGUAUAACAUAUGCUGUAUGUAACAGCAACAUUGUGGAGUGAGAAAUUAUAACAUUGAUAUAAUAUCACUGUUAGUUGGUGUCCUACUGUGACAGUGGUCGCGUCUCCUUUGCGAGACGAAAGACAUAAGGACAUCCGUGAAAAAGAAACCAGCUAGCACACACGUAUUAUUUGUAAUGUUCCUAUUUCUACGCGAAUAUUUGUAACCCUCGGAAGAAACGAGAUCAUCUUCUUCCUCUCUCCCACGAUAAAAACGAUCAUCCCUAUCACCUCUGUCUCCGAUAGACUAAGCAGCCUCCGGAUUAGCAUACCAAAGAGACGAUAGCUUAGCUAGAUAGUAGAUUAGAACCGUUGUUUAACCGAUCAAAAAGAAAAAAAAAGAAAAAACACUGAUACGUAUUCGUAAUAUUAGAGCGCAGACCUCGGCGAGAAAUGCAAACUUCCUGGCGAAUUCUGGAACGUGCGCUCACUUUCCUCUCCUUGUCGCCCGCGACACAACAAGCGACGAGCGCUUAACUGAGGCGACGUGUCCUUGUCGGGAAUUGUCAAACUAUAAAUAUAAUCAGAUCGGGCCCUCUUCCAUAUCAAAAAAAUAAGCAACUCGCGUCGAACUGAUACGCAAUGGAAUUGAGGAGAUGUAUAUAACAUAGGAUUAGAUGUAUAACGUUUGUUCGCGUAAUCGUAUCGCUUCAUUGCCCGUCGUUGAUGUGGCGAAAGGUCCUGCCUCAAUCUAUUCGUGAUUUGGCCGUUCCCGAUGCGGAGCGUCGUGAGCUUCAGUUACCGCCUUGGACGCUAUGUCGUGGAUAGCGAAGAGGAGAAAGAGGACGUAUCCGAAAUUUGGCAGAAAGUUGCAUCUCUCGCCGAGACCUGUAUUAGAGGUCAUCAUACGAUUAGAGCAUUCUUAGAGCCUCAAUUUGCUGGUAGAAUAAUUGUUCGGGUUACGUCGAGCGGAUUACAAAUCUUCCAUACGUGAGCCAGAGUCAAGCGCUUCAUUCCAGUGUUCGCGGCGUGUUUUUGCACGUGUCUCCUAUCUUUCUUCCUUUCGAGCGAGGUUUAUUUUUUCUUCUCUCUCUCGACCGAUUGGAAUACACACGGUUGAUCCUUGUUUUCGACUUAAGAGUUAAGUUUGUUCGUGAAAAAUUUGCAAAUCUUUAUUCGAUUGCGUUACUUUAUUUGUUGAACUUGUCAGCUCGUGAUAUUUCUGACUCUGGUCAUCAUCGAUACGAUACUUUCGGUCAUAGUGAUAUUUUUGUGAGAAUAGACUGAUAGCGUUAUCGAUUGUUGGAUUAAAAAAAAAGGAAAAAGGAAGUUCUUUAGUGGUUACUUACUUACAUGUGAUUUAUAUGUUAAAAAAAAAAGAAAGAAACGAAGAAGAGAGAUUCUUCAAGAACAGCAGAUUGUAAUACGCAGACAUGAUAUAUUUAUUUGUGUUAGAUACUAGGGAAGCAUAGUAAGUGAAAGCAUUAGGCGAAAAUAUAGCGGCAGUAGAAUUAGUGCAUUAGGCAGUCGUCGGGUAAAAUCGAAGUUAUGUUUGUUCUCCCGUCCUCUUUUGUUUUUUUUUUUUUUUCAAGUCACGAAUAGAUUUGUGAUUUGUCCGCACCUUUCGUACACGUCUUUCUCUGUCGUCUGUUCAUCUCUCAAGAAGGAAAAAAAUUGUGAUUUUCGUUUUCGAUAAUAGCUUGUGCGGAGACUGACUGCGAGGGUUACUUCGAUCGUGAUCGGAAAGUCUUCGGCGGUAACGCGGAACUAACUGUCGUUAACGUGCGCUAUCGUUGUUCCCCCGAGAAUUUUAUACUUGAUAUAACUGUAUAUAACAUAAUUUUUUAAUCUCUUCCCUACCCCGUUUCCUUCCUCCAUGAGAUACUUUAAUUUUGUAAUCGUAAGGCGAAUUUAUAGUUGUUCUCGUUUUAAGUUCGAUAAUGAUCUUUUUUGUUUUCUUCUUAUGCAAUCGCAUCGACACAUUCCAGGUAGAGCACCAAGAGGAGAGCGCGGUUUAGGUUUUCUCGGAGCGCGUCGGAAGUGGAGCAGUUGUGUCUGGAUCGAUCUUGCGGUCGGUCGUUGAUGCGAGGACCGUCGGCACGAUUUUUCAGCCAUGCCCUUGCCCGCAAAAGCGACACUAGUCACUCGGUUAUUUACGCAGGGUAUAUAUAAAUUUAAAUCGGCAAACUCCGAAUGUGCUUGGAGGGGAAAGCGUAAUUAUUGUUAUCGCAAACGAUAUUUCUUGUGUACGGAGCCAUUUACGAAAUAAAAUGGUUUUUUUAUAUGAUUAUGAAUAAAUUAUAUUAUGUCGUUGGA